ACAAAAAUAUUCGAAUCAUGCAUAAAAAUUCAUAAAUUAUGUUACACCAUCAUCAAUCAAUAUUGAUAUUAUAAUAUUGAUGGAACCAUGCAUGCUGUUUAAAUAAUGAUAAUCAUUCGCUACAAAAAUUAAUAAUUUGAAAUGAUGAAAUUGAUGUAAAAUUUUAUCCAAACAUCAUCCAAAAAUCAAUCAUGAACAUAUUUCGUGCAUAUAAUCGUGUGAUGAUUAAACAUCCAAUUAAAACUCAAUGCAUUACCAAUGCUUGUUUAGUUGCAACCGGUGAUAUUAUUGCCCAAAAAUUGAUUGAAAAACAACCAGAGCUUAUUGUAAAAAGAACGGCAAAAUUUGCUUUGUUCGGUCUAGUUUAUAUUGGACCAUGCAUAUCAUUGUGGUAUAGGUUUUUGGAUCGAAGUUUUGGCCGUUCGAAACAAAUCAUUCUGAAACCAUGGCAAAAAAUGAUCAUUGAUCAAUCAACUUUUAGUCCACUUAUUAAUCUGUUUGCUUUGCCAAUAUUGGGUCUAAUGAAUCGAAAAUCAAUGAAUGAGAUUUGUAAAAAUAUUAACGAUAAUUAUGUUGAUAUCAUGAUGGCUAGCUACAAAAUUUGGCCUGCCGUUCAAAUUGCAAAUUUUUAUCUGAUUCCAUUAAAUUAUCGAGCCAUAUUUGCAUCAAUGUUUGCUUUAAUUUGGAAUUCUUAUUUUACCUGGAAACUUGGUGAAAAGAAAUGAUUGGAUUUUUUCGAAUAUUUAGGCUAAAUUUUUUU